UCGGGCCGCGGGACUGCCAAGAUGGCUGCGCCCGUGCGCUGUGUUCUGCGGCCUUCCGGCGGCUGUGGGUGGUCGAAAGCUGCGCGGGCCUGCCGCCUCCCUGGGUUUCCGAGCACUUGGCCCCGGGGCCUGCUGGGUGCGCGGCUCUUGUCCCAAGAAAAGCCAGCAACGGAAACGCACUUCGGGUUUGAGACGGUGUCGGAGGAGGAGAAGGGGGGCAAAGUCUAUCAGGUAUUCGAAAGUGUAGCCAAGAAGUAUGAUGUGAUGAAUGAUAUGAUGAGCAUUGGUAUCCAUCGCAUUUGGAAGGAUUUGCUGCUCUGGAGGAUGCACCCACUCCCUGGGACCCAACUGCUUGAUGUUGCUGGAGGCACAGGUGACAUUGCAUUCCGGUUCCUUAAUUAUAUUCAGGCACAACAUCAGAAAAAGCAGAAGAGACAGUUAAGGGCCCAGCAAAAUUUAUCCUGGGAAGAAAUUGCCAAAAAGUACCAAAAUGAAGAAGAUUCUUUGGGUGGUGCCCACGUCAUGAUUUGUGACAUCAACAGGGAGAUGCUGAAGGUUGGAAAGAGGAAAGCCUUAGACCAGGGCUACAAAACUGGACUUGCAUGGAUCCUAGGAGAUGCUGAAGAGCUGCCUUUUGAUGAUGACAAAUUUGACAUUUACACCAUUGCCUUUGGGAUCCGGAAUGUCACACACAUAGAUCGGGCACUCCAGGAAGCCCAUCGGGUCUUGAAGCCAGGAGGGCGGUUUCUCUGUCUGGAGUUUAGCCAAGUGAACAAUCCCCUGGUAUCCAGGCUUUAUGAUCUCUACAGUUUCCAAGUCAUCCCUGUCCUGGGAGAGGUCAUUGCAGGAGACUGGAAGUCUUAUCAGUACCUCGUGGAAAGUAUCCGAAAGUUCCCAUCGCAGGAAGAGUUCAAGGAGAUGAUUGAAGAUGCAGGAUUUCAGAAGGUGACUUAUGAAAGUCUAACUUCAGGCAUUGUAGCCAUUCAUUCUGGCUUCAAACUUUAACUCCUUUCCUAUCUGGAAUGUGAAGCCAUCAUACCCUGGUGAAGCUGGGCCCUGAAGAAAAACCUGGCUGAUAAAACAAUCGCUGAACAUCUCCUCAUAAGGAUAUGAACUCCUGUUCUGAACUGA